ACCGGUCCAACUUCGAUGAAAUGUAGAAAAAAAAAAAUUUAGGUUCUCUUGUCGGAACUAGUGCGUUCUGCUUUCUUCUUCGCCGUUGUGGACGGCGGCUCCUGCCAUCACCCCCUUCAGACAACGGAAGCCCGCGGCCAUCGGCUCCGUACCUAUUCUUCCAGCUUUUCUUGGUGAGAUCUUCUAUUCCUUCUAGCAUCCCUCAGUCUUAUUCUCAGUGUUUUCCGAGCUAUUUGCGGCGGAUUGCCUUGUAAAUCGACUGCUCGACCCUCUGCCAUCUCCGGCUCUCUGCUUGAUUUUUCGCUCUUGACACUCGAAUUAGAGGAGACGACUGGAGAGGAGUUCGUUUUUCAUCAUUCUAAGGUGCUCUGGAAUCUCUGCAAGUGAAUUUGGAGAAUGGGCUCAUUGAGAGGGAGAUUUUUCAAUUGUUUAAGGAGCUCUUUAAUGCAGCACAGGUCUCCAAUUGACCUUCAAGCCGGGUCUAGAGUGUGCCUUUCCACGACAACAUUUGAUGCGUUUGCGAAGAAUGAAAUAGAGGAUGAUGAUUUUUUAUAUGACCAGAAGGAGAUAGAACCCCAAGGUGUCGACCCCAGAAAAGGCUGGGGUUUUCGAGGCGUUCAUAAGGCUAUUAUUUGUGGCAAAAUUGGGCAGGCUCCUGUACAAAAAAUAUUGAGGAAUGGGAAAACUAUUACCAUAUUCACUGUAGGGACGGGGGGUAUGUUUGACCAAAGGAUUGUUGGAAAUGAAAAUUUACCAAGACCAGCUCAAUGGCAUCGAAUCACUGUACACAAUGAAACCCUGGGGGCAUAUUCUGUUCAACAGCUAGCAAAGAACUCUGCUGUUUUUGUUGAGGGUGACAUUGAAACUAGGGUUUAUAAUGACAGCAUUACAGGUCAAGUUAAAAAUGUGCCGGAAAUUUGUGUUCGCCGUGAUGGCAAGGUUCGUCUCAUCAAAUCUGGAGAUAGUGCUUCUGAAAUCAACUUGAACGACUUGAGAAAUGGAAUAUUUUGAUUGCUGCGCAAGAUGUUACAUGCAAUGAUUAGUUUAGGCUUAUUGUUAAUCACCCUAUUAUCCUUUUUUUUCUAGCCAUCUUUAAAGUUAACCGAACUAUACUGAAGAUGGAUUUUGAGAAAGCUUUCAUGUAUUUAAAUGAAUUAUCAUUUGAAUAAUCACUUUUUAUCAAGGAUAAAAAAAUCUUUUAUGCAUAAUAGUACAUAGAAAGAACUUGCAGCCA